AUGGCUUCUCGUGCGUUAUCAAGAGCUAUCAGAAUACCGGCAGCAAAAUCCAUCCAUGCUUCUGCUUGUCGCACCAUCGCAUGCUCGGUGAGAAGUGCCGCCAGAGUCUCUGUCGCUCGUGCGGCAGUUGCUAUAACUCCAGUGUCCCAAACUCGGACCGUUAAGACUGUAGCAUUUGCCAACGUUGAAGAAGAAAUUCAUGAGAGGGCAGAUUGGCCAGUAUCUAAGCUUCAGGAAUACUUCAAAAAUGAUACCAUGGCCAUCAUUGGGUACGGCUCGCAGGGUCAUGCUCAAUCACUCAACAUGCGCGAUCAAGGUCUGAAAGUUGUGAUUGGAGUGCGCCGAAACGGUCAAUCUUGGCUUGACGCCCAAAAAGAUGGUUGGAUUCCUGACAAGAACUUAUUUGAAAUUGACGAAGCGAUCUCACGAGGGACCAUCAUCAUGAACUUACUCAGCGACGCAGCUCAGUCAGAGACUUGGCCCGCUAUUAAGCCCCAAAUAACGAAAGGAAAGACUCUAUAUUUCUCCCACGGAUUCUCGCCAGUCUUUAAGGAUCAGACCAAAGUCGAGGUUCCAAAUGAUGUCGAUGUUAUCCUCGUAGCACCAAAAGGUUCUGGUAAAACUGUACGAACUCUUUUCUGCGAGGGACGUGGUAUCAAUUCGUCGAUUGCUGUAUUCCAAGACGUGACAGGAAAAGCUAAAGAGAAAGCAAUUGCUCUCGGCGUGGGUGUCGGAUCGGGCUAUCUAUAUGAAACAACUUUCCAGAAAGAGGUCUAUUCAGAUUUGUAUGGCGAGCGAGGAUGCCUGAUGGGUGGAAUCCAUGGCAUGUUCCUUGCACAAUACGAGGUAUUACGUGAAAGAGGUCACUCUCCUUCAGAGGCCUUUAAUGAGACAGUUGAAGAAGCGACGCAGUCGCUCUACCCCCUAAUUGGAGCCAACGGAAUGGACUGGAUGUACGCUGCGUGUUCGACAACAGCGCGACGGGGUGCCAUUGACUGGAGUGGUCGAUUCAAGGAAAGCCUAAAGCCAGUAUUCAACGAGCUCUACGAUAGUGUUGAGAGCGGAAAAGAAACAGAGCGCAGCCUGCAAUUCAAUUCACAAAAGGACUAUCGUGACAAGUAUGAAAAGGAGCUCAAGGAAAUUCGAGAGCUCGAAAUUUGGAGAGCUGGAAAGGCUGUCAGAUCUCUACGCCCUGAAAACCAAAAGUAG